AUGAAUAGUCAAGAACGAGCUUCAAAUUCAAAGAUAAGCGGGUUGCAAUUCUUGAAAUCUGACCCAAAGAUGCGCUAUUUAGUGGAAGCUAUCGAGAAAAAUCGGGGCGCAAGUAGGAUGAUGGACGAGGAGAUAGUUAGUACUUUAACUGAAAUCAGAAGUUUGGGUUCAAAAUAUGCCGACCCAAAUCUUGUAGGUCGCGCUGAAUUAUAUGAGGCGAUAGAUAGUGUUUUAAACGCAUUGAAAUCAUAUUCAGAGUAUUCAUCGCCGUUCCUGAAAAAAGUCUCAUCUAAAGAGGCACCGGACUACAAUAAAAUAAUCAAACGUCCAAUGGAUCUGAGUCAAGUGUCAAAAAACUUCAAGAGUGGACAAUACAACUCCAAAAAAGAGUUUGCUGAUGAUCUAUAUCUAAUCUAUGACAACUGCCUCCUCUACAACACAGAUCCAGCAAAUGCCGCGGAAAUCGUUGCACAAGUGCAGCAAGAAAUUGCCGCAGAAGAAAAGCCCGAAAUGAAAGAACAGCCAUAUCUAAUCCAAGAGCAAGUCUCAACAGAAACUCCGCAAUUUCCUGUUGUCUGUUCUGAUGAAAUUAAUGAAGAUGAGUGUGACAGGGAAUUGCAAGAAAUGCUAAAGGGGUGGGAUGCCCCUCUUUCACAGGAGUUGUGGGAUCCAGAAAUAGAUAACCCUGAUCGUGACAGAUUGUUCGAUCCCGAGUACUGGAAGGAGCAAGAGGCCAAACGGCCAACGCUCGAUCAAUACCCGCAACUUCAAUUCUCGAACCGUGGCACUGCUGUGAUGAUCGAGCAUAAUAUAGAGACGCUCAAGCAAACGCGUCUCCUUCACGCGAAACUGCUAGCGGCAAAACAUAACUUGCCGCUUAGUCAUUUUGGUGUAAAUGAAACUGCGCCAACUGAAAAAGCCACAAAUUGUCGAACACAGAUAGACCCAAAUAUCUCACCACCACUCGUGAUGAAUCGUGAAGCUGGGUUUGCAUGCAUGCAACGAGUCGUUCUAGUCAUUAACUAUUAUGUUUAUAUCUUUUCAUUAUGCGUAGGUGGCUCGUCGAUGGCCGUUAAUAUCUUAACUGAAGUUGCCCAGGAUUAUUUAUUAAGUCUAGGAAAGACGAUGAGGGCCUACAGGGAUGAUGUAUUUAACAAAAAAUCACCCGAGGAAAUUAUUAAAAAGACUUUGUAUGAGAAUGGCGCGACAUCCUUUAAAGAUCUUGAAUCAUAUGUUCGAGAUGACAUUGAGCGGUAUGGCAGCAAACUAAAAGACAUACAACGUCGUUUGGAGAUAGCUUAUAAGGAUUCUUUGAGUCAACCUGAUAAUACGGAGGCUGAUGAAGAUUUGCCAGAAAAUGAUGAUGUAUUUAUCACUGGUAAUUUAGGCGAGGGUAUCGAAUUAGGGGACGAUUUCUUUGGAUUAAAGGAACUCGGAUUAGGGAACCUUUCAGUUCCUACUAGGUUGUUGCUUGGAACUAAUAAAAUUAAGCCCGCUCAGAAAAAGACACCAGAUCAAAACCAAAGAAAGUCUCGGUAUACUCCUCCUCCACCAUUUGCGCCCAUCGAUCCCGAUAAACAAAUUGGGCUGCUUACCGAGUAUUUCCGCAAUCGAUUGGAAGAUCAGAGCGGUAAAUUAAUUGAUGAUGAGUUUCUGCCACCGAAACAAAGGAAUCAAAGACCAAAGGUUCCCCCCACUGGUAAGAUUCCCCCACAACCUAAGAGACAGCCACCUAAGACUGCGGCACAGAACGCGGCUGCUCUUUUAGAGAAGAAGCGCAAGAGAGAGAGGGAUGCCGCCAUUGCAGAAGAGAAAGAAAAGGCUAAACGAAUCAGAAUAGAAGAACGCCUAAAAGCUCAACAAGAAAGAGAGGAGCAAAAACGUAUAAAGCAAGAACAACGUGAGGCAAAGAAAAAAGCCGAAGCGGAAGAAAAAAGAUUAAAGAAGCUUCAAGCGGAAGCCGAAAAGAAAGCAGAACGUGAAAAAAGAGCAGCUGAAGCAGCGGCUCAAAGAGCCGAAGCAAAGAAAGUAGCCGAAAAGAAGGAAUCAAAGAAGAAGAAACCCACAACAACUAAAGUGAACCGGACUCCCACAGCCACUAGUACACAACAAGUGAGAGGUGGAUCUUCUUCAAGUACAAUGGCUGGAUCAUCAUCAGCUGGUUCGAAGAAGAUUUUAGAUCAAAUUGAUGAUAGUGAUUCCGAAGAUGUUCCACUUGCUGUUAGAAAGAAAACCAGAACUAAAGAAGCGGCAAGCAGUAAUGCUCGUGGUGGUAAUGGGCGCGGUAAUAGCAGACCGCCUAAUAUAAAUUGA